GGCACGGGCCGGUCCUCAGGCUCGUCUGUACAAUCCCAAAUCUCUCAUCUAAGGAGGAUCGUGCGUCGCGCCGCUACAGAGAGUCAGUUCGUUUUUUUUUGUCCCCCCGUAUAGUUCCUCCGAGUUGAGGGUGAGGUGUUCGCGGUGUCACGCGGAUUUCCGCUUCCGCGUGCUGUAUUGGAGCUACGCUCCCCGGGAGCGGCAUGCUCAACAAUAUCACCGCCGGCGGUUCCGUACACGGUAUCUCCGGAGCGAAGGAUGUGCAAGAUCUGAAGCGGUACGAGAAGGAGCACGGCGUGCUGGGAGUGAAUCUGGGGUCCGGUCUGUCCGCGGGUGGAAGCGUCACGCUUCAUCACGAGCUGAUCAUGACUAUGCCUGGCACAGGAAGCGCGGCGGUGAUCGGGCAGGGCGAUGACAAACCCGCGAAGCAAAAGCGACAUCGGACGCGUUUCACACCAGCCCAGCUCAACGAAUUGGAAAGGUGUUUUGCCAAAACUCACUACCCGGACAUCUUCCUAAGAGAGGAAAUAGCUGUGAGAAUCGGCCUCACGGAAAGUCGCGUUCAGGUAUGGUUUCAAAACCGACGAGCUAAAUGGAAGAAGCGCAAGAAGACAACCAAUGUGUUUCGGUCUUCGGGAUCGCUGUUACCGUCGCAUGGCUUGCCUCCCUUUGGACCGAUGAGCUCCGAUUUGUGCAGCGGAAUGUUCCAUACCCCCGCGGACAGAUGGGGAAUGGGGACAGGUCUCGGACAAUUGCAGGGCGGCAUGGCGAUGGGCAGUUUUGGGCAGCUCGGUCAACAAAGCACGGGAAGUCUGGGCUCCAGUCUGGGCCUCGGCAACUCCGGACUUCCCAUCAACAGCCCGUCGCAAUCAGUUUACCAUACUAAUUACGGACUCAAUUCUAUCGGCGGCGUUCACGUGACGGCGUCUCGGGGUUCGCCACCGGUCGGCGGUCAGAUGGGUUCGGGCCUGAACUGCGGCCAGGGUUCGCCGGGCACGACUUCCGGUGGCAGCGGGGGUGGCGGUGCCGGCAGCGGCGGGGGUGGUGGCGGCGGCGGCGUCUCCUGCGUCGGUGCCGACGUAAGCGCGAACGAGGCGUCGGACUGGAGAGGCGCCCACAGCAUCGCGGCGCUCAGACGCCGUGCCUCGGAUGCCUCGCAACAAUACAGUCCACAACCGCCACCGCCGCCGCCCCCAGGACCACCUCAGUACUCCCAUGAUCUGGAGUACAGUCCCGUUUAUUGAGACAUCGCCUGAACGUCCUUUGACGUUCAGUACCACGGGAGGAGAGGUUGCCGGCCGUCGCGGUAGAAACUUACCGUAAUUAUCAUGUGUGGAACGAGUACUCCUCUCUGUUCGUCGUCGAGGAAUCGCAAGUUAGGACGGUGUUCCCGCGAUCAAUUUUACAGAAGAAAUCUAUCCAGUUUGCCUGGAUUGUGAUUUUCACAAAGUCAAGAUAAUGCAGCGAGGUCAAGAUCGACGAUAUUAAAACGAACAUCCUGAAUUCGACUUGCGCGAAGGUCUAAAAUUAUUCGACGUUUUGAAUUUAACAUAAAACCAAUGGUGAAGCAAAGCAAAUAACGACGGAAUUAGAAUGGUUAAAUAAUUUCGGAUGUUUCGACCGGCAAAUGUUCAGCUGAUCGACAAGGGUUCAUAAUAGUUUGAUCAUUACCACUACUUUACCGCGAUGAGAAUUUCUAUUCUUCAAAUAACAUGAAUUCAUCGUCCUGUCAGAAGAAACAGUUGCAGGAAUAAUAUGAAAAAAAAAAAACCACACACGAAAGGAGUACUCUUCUAUAAAUUCGCAUAGAGGUAAAAUCAGGGUAGAAAAUCGAAAUUGCUAGCGGUAUCGACAGUAACAGUUUAUGCAAUACUCGUCAUCAUAGCCUUCCCAGGACCAUCGUGACAUAAGAUAAACGUACUAAUUUCUGAGCAAGAUUGAUUCCCUAUAAAAAUAUGCAUGUUUAUUAAACUUCUGAAGAAAUGUUUAGACAGAAAAAGUUUUUAAAAAAAAUAUGAUUAAUAUUACACGUACAAAAUAUUUUCUUCGUUAAAAUCUAGAUGUUUUGCUUUGUUUUAUAAAUUCAUAUUUUUUAAAUAUGGAUUUAAAAAAAACUUGUAAUAUCAAUAAAAAUGCAUAUUUUUGUUCAGAUGUAUCGGUCUUGUUUAAGAAGUGAUAUGUUUAUUUCUUACGUAUGACAUAUGUAUACCACAGUUUCUGCAAAUGUGUCUUGCUGAUGUUAAUACUACUGGACUAAUCCUCGAAUAGAUGCCAUAAAUAUAAGAAAGAUAGAAUAAUUGUGAUGUAUAUCAUGGAGUUGUCGUAAUAAUUAAA